AACGCGCCUCGUCCACCGUGGUAUUGAAUGACCCUGACGUAUCCAUCCGCGUCGUGCCGCUGCCCACCGUUGUGCUGGCCGGCGUGGUACUGCUCGACUGUGUCGAGCUCGAAAUCGGCCUACUCGACGUUGCGCAGCUCGUCUCGACCCUGCCCGCGCUGACGCGCAGUGUCGACGCGGCACCCAUCGUGGGAGUCGCACUGCUGGUCGUCUGCGACGUACUGCUAGACAACGGGGCACUGCAAGUCCAGAUGGUGGACGAUGCAGAUGCGCAGCUGGUCUCGUUCGAGUUAGCCGUCGCGCUGCUGGCGCCGCUCGCGCACGUCGUCCGAGUACUCGUCUCGGUCACCGUGGUAUUCUGCGCGAUAGUGUCGCGCUCGACGCCGUGCGGCACAAUCGCUCUGCUCGUCGCGGCCACGCGCGAGCGGCUGCUCAAUGUCGUUGUGGAAGUGGCCGUGGACGUCACGCUCCUCGAGGACGCACUGGCCGCGACCGCGCUGCUCGAGGUCGCAGCGCUGGUCGGCUGCGGCGUACUGCGAGACAGCGAUGCACGGGAAGUCGAGGUGGUGGGCGAGCAGUUGCGCUGCUGGUCAC